CCGACAUAGGGAUUGUACUAUUGUUGUGUGACUUCGGUUGUGCCAUGACUUUCGUUGGCAAUUCUAAUGUGCAAGGUGUUCGCACUUGCUAUAACUGCGGUCAACCUGGACAUAUCUCAAGAUAUUGUCCGUUGCCUGAUCGUCGUCUUAACGAGUCGCAGGUGUCUACUAAUAAUGCUAUCGUCCCGGCUCAACCCCUGCCAACUCUCCCGCCUGCUGCAAACGUCGGCACGACUGUUCAAGUUCCGUAUUAUUCUGGUCAGUGUAACGACGGUGGUAGUGGACUUGGUCGUAGAGUGAGUACUUUGGAAGAAAUCGUUAGCAAGAUAAACGGUAAGCAUGAGGCUGAGAAAGUGAAGAAAAGGGCUCGGUGUGAAGAGGAAGAACGGAAGAAACGUGACGCUGAAGAAGAAGAGCGACGUGUGAGGGAUCGAAGGGAGCGAGAAGAGCUUCAUAAGGAGCUACAUAAGGAGAUGGCUGGGAAGUUGGACAAGGUGUGUGAAGCAGUUAAUGGUAAGAAGGUCAGUGAUAAUGAGGAAAUUGCGAAGAUAAGGGCUCAAGUUGAAUCUCUCGUCCGUCAGCAGAAUGGAUCGGAGAAGACGAAGGAUAAAUCUCAAGAGGAGAUUGCGCGUCUUAAGGCAGAAGUUGAACAUCUCCGUCAUGGCCAUCAUGGCGCUAGUACGUCCGCUACAAUCUCCAAGCCGAACAAUGAAGCUGAGGAGUUGUCUCGACUUCGGCUUGAGGAGGCCAAAGCGAAGGCUGCUAGUGAACGGAGGUUUGCCUCUCUUGAAGAAAUUAUUGUUGCGUUACAAAGGCAGUGCGAAGCUGCUGAGGCGAACGCAGAGGUUUGGAGGUCGGAAGCACUCCGGCUGGGGAACAAGCGGGGGAGUGUCGCUAUCGGUGUCACUCCUGCCUCCGAUGCAAGGGUGAGAGCAAGGGUGGCUUCUUCUGGUACCGGGCGGGUGAACUUGGAGUUGAAAGGAAUAGCAGAGCGACAUCGGUUGGAAGUAGAGCGCCUUAAGGAGAUGCGACUUCGUGAGUUGAAUGCCUGGAAAGAAUCUGAAGAAGAGGUUGAAAGGUUGAAGGAGGCGAUGGCGAAACUGGGAACUGGGGUCAAAACAAGGGGAACCAAUCUUAAGUCAAAAUUGGAUGAUGUUGCUGGCGUGUCGGCAAGGAAGGAGUCAGUACGGGUUACGGAGGAAGCUAAUGUUGUCUUGGCUAAGAAGAUUCAGAACAAGACAGUGGACAGCCCAGCGAGUUGGGUCAACAACAAAGAUGUUUUUUUGCGUGAUGCUCGAAAGGACUUACGAAAGAGAAACAAGGAAGAGAUUUUAUCUAUUUGUGAUAGGGAGGGAAUCCCCUAUUCCACCUUGGAACCUACCAAGGAAGCAAUCGCGCAGCAGCGCACUUCUCGUGCUUUUGACAACGACGAUCGGGGCAAAGGUAAGGCAGAUUCGAUAGUCGAGGUGAGUGAGGAUGUGGAGGGUAGCUGUUACAUACUCGUGAGAAUAUCAACGAGUAUGGGGCAGAACCAAAGAUCAACCAAUAUAGGAUGAGCAUGUAUGCAGCGAAAGUCUGAUAACGGACUGACUCACAUAG